AUGCCGAUCCCAGUGCCCCAAUCCGACAGUCUAAAGGACCUCUUCAGCCUCAAGGGCAAGGUCGUCGUCGUCACAGGUGCUUCGGGCCCCCGCGGAAUGGGUAUCGAGGCCGCUCGUGGCUGCGCCGAGAUGGGUGCCGACCUCGCCAUCACCUACGCCUCGCGAGCGGCAGGCGGCGAGAAGAAUGCCAAGGAGCUGCAGGAGCAGUACGGCGUCAAGGUGAAGGCCUACAAGUGUGAUGUUGGCAGUUGGGACAGCGUCCAGGAACUGGUCAACACCGUCAUCAAGGAAUUCGGCAAGAUCGACGCCUUCAUCGCCAAUGCUGGCCGCACAGCAAGCAGCGGGGUUCUCGACGGCUCGGUGCAAGACUGGGAGGAGGUGAUUCAAACUGAUUUGACGGGCACCUUCCACUGCGCAAAGGCUGUGGGCGCGCACUUCAAGCAGCGCGGCACGGGCAGCUUCGUCAUCACCUCCUCCAUGUCGGGUCACAUCGCCAACUUCCCCCAGGAGCAAACCUCCUACAACGUUGCCAAGGCCGGCUGUAUCCACAUGGCGCGGUCGUUGGCCAACGAAUGGCGGGACUUUGCUCGUGUGAACAGCAUCUCGCCGGGCUACAUUGACACCGGCCUGUCGGACUUUGUCGACCAAAAGAUCCAAGACCUGUGGCUCUCCAUGAUUCCCAUGGGCCGCAAUGGCCAGGCGAAGGAAUUGAAGGGGGCUUAUGUCUAUCUGGUGAGCGAUGCCAGCACCUACAUGACCGGCAAUGAUUUGCGCAUCGAUGGCGGAUACUGCGUGCGGUAA